AUGAAGGCUCGCAGAAGAGCGCACUGUGAAGAAGCCCUUUCAAGAGCAUCUCCCGGCAGCGGACGGUUCACGCGCAAGCACAAACCGAACCCGGACAAACGCAAUGUCACUUUCCGCUCACCUCCAGGUCAGAUACUCUAUCUGUCCCCCACUCCCUCUAUCGGCACCAUCUCGCAGGGUGGGACACCCGUGGGUAGUCCAGUGUAUCGGCCUCCUCGGCUGUCGACACCAGCUCUGGGUGGCCAUGUACGACUCCAUGUCGACACACCGAUCGCUGGCAGCACUCCGUACCUCGUACCUCCGCCUUUAUACCAUGCGGCGAUGCCUGGGGAAGGUCCCUUCGUCGCACCUGCGCAAGGCACUUCUGUAUCUCCCUACCUUCCUCAGCCUGUAGCAUCGCCAGCUCCGGCUCCCUUGCACACGAAGACGCUAGCACCGGGCGGAAGGACAUACGCGACGAGUGCUGCCAAGCAGUCCAAGGCAGCCUUCAACAUAUACACCCGCGAUAUGCUCCCCGUCCUCCCGGAAAAAGGCAUCGCUCGCGACCCCAAGUGGCAGGGUGCUCGCUCGGAGCACAUCAACGUUCUGAUGCCAGUCAACCUCCUUGACUGCUGGCUCAUCUUCUACAACGCUCACAGCCUCAGGGAGGUGCACUUCUGGCACGUCCUGGGCGACGACAGCGGGCGUAAAUUUCCCGAGAUAAAAGUCCAGCAAUUGGAGACGUUGUCCAUACACCACAACGAGGCCUGGCUGACGAACCUUUUGCGGUCGCUCCGCAUUGGCGCGUUGACGCACCUCGCAGUGUAUUAUGCUACCUCCUGCGGGGAGAAGUUCUCUUACGAUCAGGAGGCGUAUCUUGACCUCUUCAGGAAGGCCGAAGGCCUGAAGUCGAGUGGACUUGUGUGCAUUAGUCCUAACCAUCCAUAUUACUGGAAGCGGGGGUCCAAGCUGGCGAGGGCCUUGAGUAGAUAUUUCGACGCUUGCGUUGAAGAUCACCAUUGGGUUUUCCGUGUAUCAGACGUGCAUUAA